AUGGCGUUGGAGCUCACCUUUGUAAAUCAGUACGGGGAUAGUGCUCCGAAACGCAGACGUUUGGCCAAGGCGUGCGAGACUUGUCGAUCCCGAAAAAAAAGAUGCAUGCACUUUGCAAGCUCGAGUGGCUCCAAGGGGGCGACUGCAGGCGAAGACGAUGAUUCGGGAAAAGAGACUGAUACAAGUCCAACAUCCAAUGAGAAAACCAAAGCAAAGCCCCAGCGUCGAGAUCGGGUACGAUCUCCAGCGCCAAAGCAACGAGUUUUCAUAUCCGACAUGAACCCUGGAACAGCUUUGCUACAUCACUCACGACCAGCCAUUCCAAUCGAAAGCARGCAACCAAGCGAUGUUGGCAUUUGGGUCGAUCGGCGAGAAUGGGACACUCUAUGCCAGAAACAUAACACUUCCCUUGAUCCCGAGCACUCGGCCGACUCUCCAAACCAGCGGCCUCAUGCUACCGCGAUAGAUCCACUGAUUGACAUAUACUUCYGACGACUCCACCCUGUGCUGCCCGUGCUGGAGGAGGAUGAUUUCAGGAGAGACCAUGCGUCCGGAAAGGUGCCAGAAGCUUUAUUGCAUGCCAUUUGUCUCGUCGCUGCCAAAGAUGCAGAAGCCGAACCACACCUCAAACUUGCAGAAGCGACCGAGACUCUCGCGCCGCGCGAGUUUUGCAGCAAAAUCCAUGCAUCCGUCAUGGAAGCUUUGCGAUGGCCCAAACGUUUCGAAAAGAUUACUCUAAUCAGAAUAUUAGCUUUGGCAUCCCUCCAUGCUGAAGGACCAGAUGGAGGUGAGGAGGCUACCUUGUGUCUCACCCAAGCUAUGCACUAUACUCAGACCUCUGGAUGGCAUCUCGGCCAGCAGGCUGGACAGGCAUCAGAUGGUGACCUUGCCACGAAACGCUUAUUCUGGUGCCUGUGGAGCCUGGACCGCCUGAAUAGCUGUAUAUACGGAAGACCUCUUAUGAUGGCAGACAUCGAUAUCGCCAUCGAGCCAUUUGCUCCGGGCGAGAGUGGAUUUCCAGCCUUUGAUAUUUGGCUCUUUCUGGGAAAAACGCUCAACAAGCUUAUUUCGUACUACCGACCUGGCACGGCGAUGGAUGUAACCGGCUGGGAGGAAGGGUUUCCGAGCUUUGAAGACGCCGUAAAUGAGGCCAGAGGAUGGCAGGUUCCGCAAGACAUACUCGCCACACUCCAUCUAUUCUACCUGCUGGUCGCCGUACUUUCCCAUCGCUCCCGAGGCGUGAAGCAUAUCCAACGUGCGACUCCAUCGUACGUCCGGCAAAGUCUCUGUGCAAUUGAGAUUCAUCGUUUGAUGGGCUCGGACAUGUUGCCUUCAAUCUUGCCAGUGCCGCUACUCCCCUAUGCGAUAUCUUUGGCAUUGUCAGUGUCCUACCAGCACUUACGACAGUCCCAGCUACAACAUCAACAAGAAGAUGCUCGCUCUGAUUUCAGGUCUUGCUAUCAAGUCCUCCAGAAGUUGAGGAGAACCUGGUCGUCUGCAGACCUAAUUGCMAUCAUUGCGAAGAAAGUGCUCGACGAGCUGAAUAAGUCGAGCGAUCUGUCCAACUUGCGCAUUGGCAGAAAUGCUGAAGCUGGUGGUAAUAGCCCCGGAAUAUGCGCUGCAUCCUUGGCAAGGCCAGAAACAUUGAUAGACAGGAGAUCAAAUGUUGUCGAUACCGAGAUUGAAGUAGCAACGGCUGACCCUCCCAUUGGCACCGAGCAGCAAUCAACUGGAGCGGACGACGGGCUCAAUCUUUUCGAUGGCAUGGACGACGUCUUUUCGACCUUUUUAGAUGCCGGGAACCCAGUCAAUCUCGACGAGUUCUCAUUUGUGGAUGAUCUGAGCCCUUUUGAUUGGACUGCCAUUCAGCCCUGA